AUGCGCUUGCUGACCAUGAAUUGGACUGUGUGGGCAUCGGUGCCUGUCCUCAUCUUUGUUUUCUGGAUGUACACCAGCACCCUCGGCGCGUCCUUCCCCACAUUACAAAACAAACGCAUCCUAUUGCUGAUCGCGCAUCCUGACGAUGAGGCCAUGUUCUUUGCGCCGACUUUACUGGCAUUGACGCGUCCGGAACGCGGAAAUCACGUCAAGAUAUUGUGCCUCAGUAGCGGCGAUGCCGAUGGGCUUGGCGAAUUCCGCAAGAAAGAGCUGGUCAAGAGUGGGCUGCAGCUGGGAAUCGGAAGCAAGGAGGACAUUCUCGUGGUGGAAGACAAGAACUUCCCCGAUUCCAUGACAGUAACAUGGCACCCUCGUCUAAUCUCCAACCUACUCACCACCGCCUUCGCCCCAAACAUGACCUCGAUCUCUUCCAAGGAGGCACCGCAGGCGACUGUCGACACCAUAAUCACCUUUGACGCACACGGCGUCUCCGGCCAUCCCAAUCACAAGUCGCUCCACGACGGAGCGCAUACCUUCUUGAAGGCGCUCAUGCACCGACACAGCGGGUGGGAGUGCCCUGUCAAGCUGUACACCCUCACCACUACCUCCAUAUUCCGCAAAUAUCUUAGCUUGUUGGACGCACCAGCUACAAUUAUUGGCGCAAUACUCCGCAAGAAAGAGCUCGGAGGCUUUCCGACUCCACUCCUGUUCGUCAGCUCACCGGUCGGUUACAGGACUGCCCAGAAAGCCAUGACCACGGCACACGAAAGCCAGAUGCGCUGGUUUCGUUGGGGCUGGAUCUCCCUGUCGCGCUACAUGGUUCUCAACGAUUUGAAGAAGGAAUAG